UGUCGCUUGAGGAAAAAUCAAGAUUGGUAUUACCAAAGUUCAUAAAAUCUGAGUUUUUUAAGGGGAGUUUUCUUGCUAAACUUUUAUUCCUUUUGUUUAGUGAUCAAAUCAUCCAAGUUUUGUUCCCCUCUUAUUUCUGGUGUACAAUUCACUGUAGUUGGAUACCAAAACAUUUAAGAAGCAACUUCUUUAUUGUUGGUUGUUUUCAUCUGUUAUUUUUGUGGUUUUGUGAGUUUCAACAUUUAAAGCUUGUCUUGUGUGGUAUAUCUAUCUAUGCCCCCCUUUGUUUUGGCUACAACCCCAUUUGAAAACUCAGCCAAAAUUUUCACAAUCUAAGCACUUUUCUUUUUACCCUUUUCACUAUAUAUAUAAACUAGUUUCUUGAAUUAUCUUAGCUUAGUUUAAAAAAACAAUCUUUUUUCUUUGAAUGCAAUGCUGUUUUUCUUGAUUUCUUGUUUUUCUUUCAUCUUACUGAUUUCUAAGUCACUUCUCAAGCCAAUGGGAGCUUUCUCAAAUCAGUGGUUUAGUGAAGAACUUGUAAAGUUCUUAGCUUUAUGGUUUAGUAAAGGUAGAAAUGCUAUUAGUUUCUUGAAUUUGCCACUUAUGAAAAAUCUUGUUAAGUCAAAACUAGAGAAUGUUGUGGAGAAAGAAGAGGAAAUUUCUUUAUUGGAUUUGCCUGAUUUGACAUUGGAAUGUAUUUUUGAGAGGCUUCCACCAAAUGGUCUUUGUAAAAUGGCUGCAGUUUGUAGUUCUUUGAGAGAAAAAUGCACAAGUGAUCAUUUGUGGGAGAAACAUAUGAAGGGAAAAUGGGGUGAUUUGAUUGGUUCUGCUGCUACUAAAGAAUGGCAAUGCUACAUUGCUUCAAGAAAUAAAGCUUCCCUUUUGGAGAAUUCAAGAAAAAAAAGAAAUCUUUUUGGGAAUUUUUUAAAGAUUAGGAAACUUUUAUGGAACAGAUCAAAAGGAAAUGAAGAUAACAGCAAGGUUGGAAAUUCAUCAACAAUGAGCUCAAUUAUGGAUUGGUACCUUUCCCUUGAGACUGGCAAGUUUUGGUUCCCGGCUCAGGUUUUUAAUCGCGAGGUACAGAAUGGAUAUGUUGGUUUUAUGUUAUCUUGCUAUGAUGCUGAAGUUAGCUAUGAUUGUAGCACAAAUGCUUUCAGUGCAAGGUAUCCAUCAUACGGGAGGCGAAUAAUAGAGGAAGAUAUAGAAUGGAAUAGACUAAGAGCACCAACAGUUGAUACUCCUCCUUAUGUUCUUGAUGUGUCAGAUUGCUUAAAUGAUCUAAAACCUGAUGAUCACAUUGAGAUUCAGUGGAGAAAAAGCAAAGAAUUCCCAUAUGGUUGGUGGUAUGGAGUUGUUGGACACUUGGAAUCUUGUAGUGGCAGCAAGUUGAAUUGCCAUUGUCAUGCCAGUGAGACAGUGCUAUUGGAGUUCAAACAGUAUACCCCGGGCUCGAGGUGGAGGCAAACAGUGAUAAACAGAAAGGAUCACAGAGAAGUUGGCAAUGAAGCAGAUGGCUUCUAUGGAGGAAUCAGAAAGCUUUAUAGUGAAAAAGAGAUAUCAUUGUGGAAUAGACUCUGGCCUAACAGCACUUUGGAAUAGCACACAAACAAAAAACAUUUAAGCUGUUCUCAGUGUAAAUAGAAAGCAACUUAUCGAUAGAGCACAACUAGGUUUUAGAAUUUUUGCUCUGGUGUGUUCAGAUGCAUGUACAUAUAAGAUUGAAAGAGGCUGAUAGAGCCUUGGAAUGGAGAAACUCUUGGUAAAACUGCUUCCCCUUUUGGUAGACUUUACGGGUUGUUAAAUUCGGAUUAAUCAGGCUAGUGAGUUCUGGACACCGGAUGCAUAAAGCACAAAAAAAAGGGCUUGUAAGAAUAUGUUUUCUAUGCAUAAUAAAAACUUUAGUUGUUAAUUAAGAUGAAAAUAAAGCUUCUUUAUUA